AGGGAAACUAAAAAGUUACUAACACAUAACCUCAAACGUUUUCUUUACUUCAUAAACAAAUAAAAUAAGCACAAUUUAAAAACUUAUUUAAAACAAUGUUGCAGUUGUAAUAGAGUUUUUUUUUGUUAUUGAAUGUUCAUCUCGAUGGAAACCCCGACGAUUACUAAAAAGCAAGCCAAAAGCACACUGUCCGGCAAAAAGAAGAAAAAGACAGAAGUAAUCAAAAAUGUAUUGGGGAAGCCUUUUCAAACUUUCUGGCCUUCGUUAUCACCAGGAGACAGCAAUCAAUUGAGAGAAACUCUAGAAAAGUUUCUCCCUAGAUUGUAUCCUUUCAAGAUCAAUAUCCCGUACAAGAAAAUCCAAAGCAUCCCCAAACAAGAACGCAAGACCUUUCGGCAAACAUUUCAUACACAAACCCAAAUUGAAGUGAAUGAAUCGGCAAAAACCUAUAUAGUGUUUGGCGUUAAUGAUGUUUCAAAACUAUUAGAAAACCAAGAAGCUGCUUCCGUGCUAAUAGAAGGUCAGGUGCAGCCGCGUCUCUUCGUUCAGCAUAUAAUAGAUCAAGCUGUGUUGUAUCAUGUUCCUGUUUUAAUUGUAGACAAUUUAAAACAAAUAUGCAAAAAUAAGUGCGGGAUUAGUGGGGCUGUUGUUGCUUUAAAAAAGUCCAUUAGGCCAGAUUCAGAGCUGGGAAUAAUCCAGCAAACAAUUUUUAGUAUUUCAGAAAAUUAUCCAGUACCUGAAAAUCAUAUUAAUGCUUGUAGAAGAACACUUGAUAUAACUACAAUAACAAUUCCUGACUCAGAUGCAGGAGAUGAAUGUGAGCUUGAUGAUGUUACAGAAAAAAGUGAAGUGAAGCCUAAUUUCCACCUAAAGAAAGAAGACAAGGGUAAACGCGUUUUCGUUCCUCAAGCGCCAGUCAAAGAAAAAGUCAUGGAUUUUAUUAGUUUGGACUCAAAUUGUGUAAAUUUUCAAUCUACUAAUUCUAAAAAAAUUGAAAGCGUGAAAGUACCGUACCACAAACUGAAAGUGAAAAGGGUUCAAGGCAACAAAAAUAGGAAUAAGAGGAAAAUGGAAAAAUUCAAGAAAAAAUAAUGUACACACACAAUAAAAUAUAAUAAAUAUACAUAUAAUUACAUAAUAAGUACACAGAUCUUUAAUUCAUUCAAAUUUUUCUAACUAAUUAUUUGGGUCGCAAAGGUUGGUCUUCAGUAGGACUAUUCCUGUUUACAGCGUGAUUCCAAGGUUGUACAUUCCCAGAACCAAAAAUUGCGUAUGUUAUAAUUUCAAUAAUAUAUAACACUAUAGUGAUGUAGAAGACAAUUCUCCACGAAUUAAUAGUUGGCUAUAAAAGUUUGAAAUUA